AUGACCUGGUUUCUCCCACCUUCAGCAUGGGUCCUGGACCAGCAACUCACGCUCCCUCCUACGCUCCACCAGGCCUCCGUCUUGAACGACUUUGUCCGCGGCCUGCAAGCCUGGCUUGUCCGCUACCUGAGGCAAGGCCACAGCCCUCUGAUACACCGCCGUCUUUACACCGAGACUCAUAUGCCGCAAGACAUGCGCGACGCCAUAGCCGCCAUCGCCCUCUCCCAAAGCGCGACGCCAGACAACGAGUAUAUCGUUAGCCCUAUCUCCUCCGCCUACCUCUCCGCCCUUCUCGCCCGGUAUGCGGAUGACCGCCACGUCGUCGUCCCUAAUCUCUCGACGGCGGCGCACCUCGCCCGCACCCAGGCCCUCCUCAUCCACGUCCUCCUCGGCCUCUUCUCGUCCUCCAUCAGGCGUCGCGCCGAGGCAGAGUCCCACCUUGACACCCUGCUCCGCUGGACCCGCCAGCUCUGGGACUCGGCGAACCUCGACGCCGCCACCUCCUCCCUCGUGCCGCUCGGCACCCCGGCCGCUGACCCCAUCACGGGCCUCUACCGUGCAUUUAUCCUCACGGAGUCCGUCCGCCGCACCUACCUCAUCGCCCACAUUACGGCGGGCGUCUACCUCAAUCUUCGCUCCUCGGGGCCGCCGUACAGUCACGCCUGCCGGGGCGACGUAUACAUCACGCAGCGGGCCGGUCUAUGGGACGCCGCCGGCGCGGCGAGGUGGGAGGCUACGGUUCUGGGGACGUGUCCGCUAUUCCUGCACUGCUUGCGAGGCCAUGACUUGCCUGAGGUUGGGAUCGCGGCUGCCGAUGUUGAUGAGUUUGCGCGACAUUUAUUCACGGUGCUCUGGCAGGCUGAUGAGGUAGAGAUGUGGACUAUGAGGACCGGAGGUGAGGUGGCAGCUGCCUGCUAG